GUGCCCCAGCGUCAAUCAAAAUCAAACGGUUGCCGCGUUUGGGUCUUCGUGUGUGUCGCCUGUUGUUUGUGUAUAUUUUCACUUGCUUUGGUUAAUGUUCAAGCAAAUGCCAAUCACUAGUACAAAUCAACUCGAAUUGCAAAUGUAAUGCGCAUUUUGUAAAGGAAUUGCCAAAACAACUAAAGUAGAAACAAGCAUAAGAGAGAGAGAAAGAGAAUAAACAGUGCCAUGCUAAAGCAAUAACAAAUUGUUGCCGUUACUUCGGUAGGUUUGUUUUCUUCAUGUUUCGCAUUCGCAUUUGUGCCGUAUGUGCUUUGAAAUUUGUGCUUGUGUGUGUAUAUGUGUAAACGUGUCUAUUCGUGCGCGUAUGUGUGUGAGUAUGGGCUAUUGUGUGCGAAAUAACGAAAACAUUUUUCUGCCCUCUUGUUGUUGCAGCAACUGAAAUUUAAAAAUUUGUUGAAAACAGAAAAUUUACUUAUAUUCAAAACCACGAAAUCAUGAUAUUCUUGAGCAAAACGGAACUCGAGGAACAACUCAACGAACUGGCCCAAAUAAUGCCAUGCAAAUCUAAAUUUCAGUUGAUAGUAAAUUCAAGUAUUAUUUGAAAUUCGUAACAAGAGGCUAAUAGGUAAACAGAUAUACCUGGAAGCAAUAAUGGCAGCAGCAACUGUUAGUUCCCUCUUGAAAACACCGUCAACUGAGGCACAGUUGGAUUUGGUGUGCGAUGAGUGUGUUUAUUAUGACAGUUGUCUGACGCCAGCUGUCGAUGAAGGUGCUGGGAUAUUUAUCGAUAACAGCACAUCAGCUGUGCAAGAAGAUGAAGAAGAAGAAGAGGAAGUAGACGACGAAUUGGAGCAGCCAAAGAAAUUGGUAAGCUCAACAGAGUCACAGAUCGAAUUCAAUACCGAAGAGCCCGAAUCAACAACAUCUACAAGUACAAAAGCCGAUACAAAUAGCGAUAGCGCUCCAAUUAUCGAUAACGAUUGUGAGAUCAAUGGCAAAAUGACCGUUUUGCUCGACUUUCCAAAAGACGCCGCCACGGAACAAACAUCCGAGGAGCUAAAACAGUUCGAGGAUAGCGAAGCUCAGAGGGCUUUCGAUGUUUUCACAUUCAACAAUGACAAUGUGGACGUUGAGAUGGCCAGGCUAACGAAUCUAGCACUGAAAAUGGGCUAUGCGCGUAUUAUCGAUUAUGAGAACUUACGCAUUAUCGAGCAUGUUAUCGAAAGCGACGAUGACGAUGAGGCGGAAAGUGCGGAGGCACAGCAAACGACAUCGGAGGAAUUGCAGCAGGCUUGCAAAGAUUUGGUCGCUUUCAUCGAUGAAAGCUAUCAGCUAAUCGAUAAAUCAGGCGUUAAAGUGGUUGGCGAGCAGCCAACAGCUCACAGCAUCGUUGACAGCAACAACAAUCGGAGCGGAACGAGCGGCCAGGCGAGUGCUAAAGCAGCGCGCAAAACGUCGACAAAUCAAGCCCAUUGCAGCAGCACAGAGCCAGAGCCAGAGCAGGAGCAGGAGCCAGAAUUAGAGCUGGAGCCAACGGCUCAUAGCAGCGCUUUGGUCAAGGCGUAUCAGUCGAAUCUAACGCCACUGGCGCCGCCCUUUCAGCCCGCCGCCCUGAGAGCACAGCCACAAAAGCCAAUUGCCUCAAGCAGCUGCAACAGCAACAGCAACAGCAACAGCAACAACAACAGCAGCAGCAACAGCAACAGCAACAUGUCCAUGCAGCCUCAUUCAACAGCAUACAACAGAAGCCAGGCUUCCAGUGCAGCCUAUGCUGGCUAUGAGCAAGCUGCAGUUUACUAUCAACAACAUGCACUAAACCUGCCGCAGCAGCAACAUCAGCAACACCAGCAGCAGCAACAGUUGUCGCCUAAGCAGCAACAGCAAGCGCAUUGCAGCCAGCACAGCGGCAUGCCGCACAUACAUCUGCAAUCGAGCAAUGGCCCCCAGUUGUUGCCGGUGCAAUUAAUUACGCUGACACCAACACCUACAGCAGCGGGAGCAACAGUAGCAACAACAGCACCAACUGCUGCUGCUGCUGCGGCUGCAGCCAGCAGCGCCGCUUGGCCACUUGUAGAGGCGCCCAUCUAUAUGGAUAUCAAUGGAGAGUAUCGCAGCUUUUGUCCAGCUCAUGGACCGCCAGCAUUGGCAGCCGCAGCAGCAGCAGCAGCGGCGGCAGCUGUUGGCAAUGGCCAGCAAUUGCUCACGCAUCAGCAUCAACUGCACCAUCAGCAGCAGCAGCAACAACAGCAGCAGCAGCACCAACAGCAACAGAAGCUCGUUGUGACAAAUGUUAAUGGAAAUAUUGGUCAGGCAGCAGCAGCAACAGCAGCAGCAGCAGCAGCAGCAACGCCUCAAUUGCUACUGCAGUUGGAUGCUGCAAUACAACAGCAACACAGGCAAUCACAGCAGCAACAGCAACAGCAGCAGCAGCAACAACAACAACAGCAGCUGCAGCAGCAACAACAACAACAGCAACAGCAACAUCACAUACAGCUCCAGCCAGCAAUUGCUGCCACUGCUGCUGGCAGCAAGCGCAGUAAACUCUACCGAGGUAAGCAUGUGAAUGAAUUUAGUCGUACUCAAAGUGUACCCAAGUGUCCAACGGCCGUUCAAAUGGUCUCCCACAACCGUCAGCCGCCGACGAUGACGAUGCCAGUGCAGGUGCCACCAUAUGUCAAUGAAAACGGAACUUUGACCCAUGUGGUGCUACCGCCGCAGCAAUACCAGCAACUGCAUACCGGUCAGGGACAUCUGCAUGCAGGACCAUUUAUAAGCAGCAAUGGUACAUCGCAUUUCUAUACGCCGCUGCCCGGCUAUCCGCCUGGGCCAGGACCAACGGGCAACGGGCCCCCGCAUUAUCAUAUGCCGCCGCCGCCGCCGCCCCAGCAGCAGCAGCAGCAGCAGCAGCAGCAGCAGCAGCAGCAGCAGACGGGUGCCCAACAGGCUGGCACGGCGACAGCUGGCGGUGCGCCGCCAACGUCACAGCCGCACUUACAUUCCCCGCACUCGCCAUCGCCGCCCAACUACAGAGAUGAGCGCAGCCAGCGUCAGCAUACGAAGCUGCUGCGUAAGCUGGAGAAGCAGCGUGAGCUGAACUCCAGCAUGUCCACGCCCACGCACUCGCCCUCUCCACGUCGCAAUGACAUCAAUGGGCAUUACAACAACAACAGCGGCAACAACAACAACAACAGUAACAACAACAUUCCAGUAGCACAGCAGCACCAGCACAACAACCACAUGCAUAGCCAUGUGCGUGGACGCCACCUGGCGUAUCAGCAGCCGCAACCGGCGCUGCAGCAGCAGCGCAACGUUGUCAUCGCUAGCACCGCAGCUGGACAGCAGUUGGCCGCGCCCACGCGCAGCAGUGUGGGCGGCGCGAGCUCAGUGGGCACGUCAGAGGAUGGCGAGGACACGUCCAGUGUGGCCGCCGAGGAUGAGGAGGACUACCAGGCCCAAAUCGUCGAACAGAUCUCGGCCAUUGACAGGCCAGAGGUGAUCGAUGUGAGUUCGCGUGCAGCGAAAAUCAUAUGGGUGCCGCCAACCAUAACGGAUGCGCUGCUGCUGAAUGUGCAGGAUCUACGCUACCAAGUGCUGCUCAGCGACACGGGCAAACAGUGCAAAUACAAGAGCCUGUACCGGGGCGAGGCGUACGAGUGCAUUGUGCAGGAUCUGCAGCCGGGACAGGAGUACUUGGUACGGCUGCAGGUGCACUAUCAGCAGCUGCAGGGCAGCGUUAGCGAACCCACCGAGUUCAAAACGCCAGCCUGUGAGCCGGACCAGCCGCUGCCCCCCAAACUGGUGUCGCGCACCAGGAGCUCGAUAAAUCUGCGCUGGACGGCGCCGGCAGCCAACGGUGCGCCCAUUCAAUAUUAUCUGCUGGACUAUGACGAGGGGCGUGGCAAUGCGCUGCAGUUCACGGAGCUGGCCAAAACCAAGGCGAAGCACUAUCAACUCAACAAGCUGCAGUCGACCACAGUCUACAGCUUUCGCCUGGCUGCCGUCAAUGAGAUCGGCCAGUCGGCCUAUUCGCAGGUGAGCAGCUACAGUACAGCCGGCAAUCCGCCCACAGCGCCGAUGCCGCCGCAGCUGCAGGCCUGCACCGCCAGCUCGCUGCAGCUCGUCUGGGAGCGGCGAUCACAGGACGGCGACUUUCUGCUGCAGCUGCAGGAUGCUGAGUCCGGACACGGUUACCUGAACAGCUACAAGGGUGGCGAGACCCGUUACGAGUGCCUGCAACUGCGACGCGCCACCAACUAUCAGUUCCGCUUGCGCACGGAGAAUGAUGCUGGUGUGUCGCCUUGGUCCAAGGAGGUUACCUACUGCACGGCAGCGGAGCGGCCCGGCCGGCCGGGAAAACCGCAUGCCAAGGGCAAGAUACACGGCACGCAUUUCAAGGCGCGCUGGGAGCCGCCGUCAGACACCGGUGGCUCGGAUAUCUUGCGCUACCACCUGGAACUCAGCGCGGGAGCCAGCUUCGAGCGCAUUUACACUGGCAGCGAAACGGAGGCGAUGUGUGAGCGGCUGCAGCCGGGCACCACCUAUCAGCUGCGUGUCUGCUGCGAGGGUCCUGCCGGGCAGAGUCCGUUCUCGGAGAUCGGGCAUGUGACCACAGAGGCAGUCCCACCAGCCGCACCACCCCAGCCCCAUUGCGAUGCACCACCAACGCCUUACGCAGCGCUGUUGCGGCUCACCCAGCCGGAGAACAAUGGCGGUGCGCCGGUUCUGGAAUUUGAGGCGCAGCUGCGUAGCGUCGAUGCAUCGGAGCCCUCGCAGCCACAAAUCGUGUAUCGCGGCAAACAAGACUACUUUGUGGCCCAGCAGCUGGCACCGGGUGGUGUCUAUGAGGCACAGGUGCGUGCCAUCAAUCGCAUUGGCGCCGGUAGCUGGUCGCCGUGGCUGCGUUUCGAAGCGGCCGCCGCACCGCCCAGUGCGCCCACUGACCUGGAAGUUGUGGUCAAGUCGGCGACCCAUCUGACCGUCACUUGGAAGCCGCCGGCGCAGCUGAACGGUGCGGCUGUCAGUGGCUAUAGCCUGCAGAGCGCCAGCCAGCAGCUGGACGAGCCCCAGGCUGAGCCGCCCAGCACACAGUUCCAUGGCUGCUACCAGGGACCCCAGACUCUAGUGGAGCUGCGCAAUCUGACGCCCUAUACACGGUAUUACCUACGCGUACUGGCCAGCAAUGCGGCGGGCGCUGGACCCGUAACGGAUGCUGUGUGCGUAUCGACGCCCGCUGCUGUGCCCGGCGCUCCGCAGAUGUUGGGCUACGAGUUCACCUCACAGGAAGUCACCUUGAACUGGACAACGCCAGCGUCCCAUGGUGCCGACAUCAGCAACUACAACAUUGAAUACGGCGAACGCACAAUCGCUACGCCGGAUGCCUGUACGCGCUACACAGUCACUGGCCUCACGCCCGAGACAAGCUACAAAUUCCGGGUGCAGGCGGUAAAUGCGAUAGGCAGUGGACUCUUCAGUACCUACGUCAAGCUAACGACGCAGCCGGCACCGCCAGCGCCACCGCGGCUCGAGUGCAGCGGCUCUGGGCACAACUACUUGAAGCUCAAAUGGGGCGACAGCGGCAAGACGGGAUCCGUGUCUACGCUCUCGUCCGGCGCACUUAGCGGCAGCAGUGCGGACUUUACCAAGUACUAUGUGGAAAUGUAUGUGGCCAGGGCGAAGCAAUUCCAAACAGUCUACUCGGGCACGAAUUGCAUGUGCAAGAUACACAAGCUGCAGGAGCGCAGCAGCUACACAUUCCGCAUCUAUGCGCAUACGGAUCGGGCCGGCGACGGUGAGUACUCCGAGGAGUAUGUAUUCGAGACGGGCGCCACGCUGCCGGCCAACAUCAAGGCGCCGCGAGUGCUGCACGAGGGCGUCUGCCUGCUGGACCAGGCCAGCCAACCGCUGGUGCAGCUCACUCUCGAGUGGCAGCACUCGAAGAACAGCUUCAACGAUCGUGUCGAGUAUGAGUUGCAGUACGCCAUCGUCGCCUCCGAUGCGGACAGCUCCAGCUCACCCAAGGCGCGCAGUGCCAGUGGCAACAGCAGCAGCAACAGCAACCACACCAACACCAGUGCAGCACCCGUGGCGCUAAGCAACCUGGAUUACCGACAGCUGUACCGUGGACCAGAGACCAAGUUUACCAUAGACAAUCUUGUGCCGGGCACUUGCUACCAGUUUCGGGUGUGUCCGGUGCGCGUCACCAGCAGCGGCGAGCUGUUCCCAGGCCAGACGUCAGCGGCGCUGCGAUAUCAAGUGCCCAAGGAGCUGGACGCCAGCACGGCACCCUGCCACCAUCUGCAUGGAUCGGCAAUGGUGCCCAGCCAGACGACGCAGCGGGCUAGCCGCAAGCAAUCGGAUACGAACAGCGUGCACAUGCGUUCGGUAAGUGCCUCGGCGAUUAGCGGCAAUAGUGGAGUUGGAGCUGAUGUCCAGGCGAUUGGCCGAUUGCAGCAUGAGCUGGCUGCAGCUAACUUCAAUGCUUGCGGCGAUCCGCUGCAUCAUCAUCACCAUCAUCAUCAUCACCAUCAUCAGCCGCAUCAUCAGCCGCAUCAGGCGUGCCCCGGGGAGCCAGCGGGCUCGUCGGGUCUGGCUGGUCCAUCGGCGUCUACGUUGCAGCUGCGCGGCAACAGCAGCGGUGCCCAUCACUUGCACCAUCAGCAUCAUCUGCACCACUCACACCACAUGCAUCAUGCACACUUGCCGCAUGCCACCGCUGCCGUCAUGGGCUCCACAACUAGCAGCAACGGCAACAGCAGCGGCAGCGGCAGCAGCAGCAACUUCAUCUUGCCCCACGGCGGCAUAAUCAGACGCUUCGUCUCCAGGCUGAUGGCGCUCUACUACAAUAGAAAGCGGCUGACGGACCAACAGAAGGCCGUCUUCUUUGUGGUUUCAUUUGUAUUCGUGACUUUCCUAGUGGCGAUGCUGGUGCACAUGCUCUGUGGCUGAUUUGGCAAUCGAUCGUCACACAAAAAGUCACGUGUCUCAAAAAAGUGAUUGCAAAUCACUCGCAUUUGUUUUUCUUAUUAUUAUCAUUAUUAUUAUUAUUAUUAUCAUUUUUAUAUGUGUUUAUGUAUGUGUAUAUAUAUAUAUAUAAAUAUGAAAUCGAUUGUACAUCUCCUAAAUCUCUAUAUAUGUAAGAAGGCAACAGUAAUCCCACACACUUCACAAACAAUUCCUUAAACAACACCAACAAUAUUAUAUACAGUAUAUCUAUACAAUGAACAUUCUUAAGAACUCUUUAUUUACAAUUUUACAUAAAUUAUUAUGUGGCUAACUACAUGUUUAAUCGAUUACAGACACUCACACACACACACACAAGCAUAUGUAUACUACACACAAAAAUCUCCAUAUGUGCUAUAGCAUUUUGUGCAACAACCAACUCUCAAUGUACAUACAAGUAAACAAACAAACAAACAAAAACAAAAACAACUAAGCUUAACCUAGAAAUUCUUACAACCUUUACAAGAGCCUCUUUUACUGUUUACCGCAUUGUUGUUGAACAUGGAUGUAUGUGUAUGUUAAUGCACUAUAAAUAUUUGAAACGAAAGUUAUAAACAAUGAAUACCGAAAA